CUGCUUUUAGCCCUCUACAGUUGCCAGCAAACGCCUUGAGAGCUGUACCUCAUGUACAGGACUACCGACAGAGUUGUCUUCAUGGUGCGGUUUCAUGACUUUACUCUUUAGGAUGAAGAAUGUGAAGAUUUUGCAUUUGCCACUGGUUUUUGUGUUUGUGCAUGCCUGCUUUGCACAGGCAGACUUUGCCCCGUUUUUCUACGGCAAUGGACCCUACAGCAACAACGGGAACCUGGCCUUAUUUAGCCUCUCAGAGGACACGCCUGUCGGUACGCAGAUCUAUUGGCUCAAUGGCACGGAUCCUGAAGGCCAGGAAGUGAGCUACGGGCUUUCCUUCGAUCCAGGGACAAAAGAAUACCUCAGGGUUGAUCCAAGAAAUGGAAAUAUCACAUUAGUGGAACCACUGGACAGAGAGAAACAAGAUUCCAUUGACGUCAUUAUCAGCAUCACAGAUGGCAGAAGCAAGGUUACGGAAAGAGUCACGAUUUUUGUGACAGAUGCAAACGAUGAAAAGCCUGAAUUUCAAAACAUGCCUGCGAUCAUCAGUGUACUCGAAACAACUGAAUCUGGAAGUAGCAUCUUCAAAGUUGAAGCUGUGGACAGAGAUACUGGUUCAGGAGGCUCAGUCACCUACUUUCUCCAGACUCCUCAGCCAACUCUGUUUACCAUUGACAGGCACAGUGGGGUCCUUCGUAUCAAAAUUGGAGAAAUGUUGGAUUAUGAGAAAACAAAGACACAUUUUGUCACUGUCAUUGCAAAGGAUGGUGGUGGCGUCUUUAAUGGCAGGGUGCAGUGGCUGUCAUCCUCCGCUACCAUAACAAUCAAUGUGAUUGAUGGACAAGACACUGCACCAUCUUUCGUUGGGACACCUUACUUUGGCUAUGUUUAUGAAGUCUCUGUGCCAGGAUCUGAAAUAUUCACAGUAAAGGCUGAAGAUGGUGAUGUGGGGCACCCGAAUCCAAUCCGUUACUCAUUUUAUGAGGGUGAUGAUGGCGCUUUUGGCAUCAAUGAAACAAGUGGUUGUAUCUCCCUGCUGACGUCUCCCAUUUAUUUGAAGAGAGAAAUCUACAACAUCCAAGUCAAAGCAUCAGAAGUAAGUCCAGAAGGAAAACUCAUGGAUUAUGGGCUGACCACGGUGGUAAUCCGUGUGGUAGACCUGAACAAUAAUCCCCCCACGUUUUUCGGCGAGACCGGCCCUCAGAACAUGUUCGAGCUGACCGUAUACGAGCAUCCACCAGAGGGAGAGAUCCUGCGAGGGCUUAAAAUCAUAGUAAAUGACUCAGAUCAGGGUGCAAAUGCUAAAUUCAAUUUGAGACUGAUUGGACCUGGAAGAAUGCUCCGAGUUGUCCCUCAGACUGUACUUAAUGAGGCUCAGGUCACGAUAUUAGUGGAGGACUCUGCUGCGAUGGACUACGAGAAGCACCAGUUUCUAACAUACAAGCUUCUUGCAGUUGAGAUUGAUACCCCCGAGAGGUUCAGCGCCACAGCGGUCAUUGUCAUCCAUCUCCUGGACACCAAUGACAACGCUCCAAAAUUCUCCUCGGACUAUUACAUCGCCAGAAUUCCAGAAAACUCACCCGGUGGCUCCAACGUGGUGUCAGUCACGGCAACAGACCCAGACUCGGGACCAUGGGGUGAGGUGAAGUAUUCGAUUUAUGGAUCAGGAGCAGACUUAUUCCUAAUCCAGUCUGCAUCAGGGAUCAUUUACACCCAGCCAUGGGCGAGCCUGGAUGCUGAGGUGAGGUCUAAAUACAACUUUUACGUGAAGGCAGAGGACAUGGAGGGAAAGUACAGCCUGGCUGAAGUCUUUGUGACUGUGUUGGAUCUGAAUGACCACCCGCCGGCUUUCAAUGAUAACUUCCUCGAGAAGACAAUGGUGAUUGGAGCACCAGUGAAAAUUGAGGCUGUAGACGAUGACGCAGAAGUACCCAACAAUGUAAUAGAGUACGCCAUCAUGAAAGCUGAUCCAGACAAUAACAUCUUUGACAUCAACUCCAACACCGGAGAAAUCAAGCUCAAGUCCUAUAUCAAGUCAAUGGCCAUCAUUCAGAACAUCACCAAGAAAAGUGACUGCACCUGGUCCCUGGUGGUGCAGGCCCGGGACCGAGGCCAGCCUUCCUUCAGCACCACCGCCGUCCUCAGGAUUGACAUCACUGAAGCUACCCAAGUCAAUGGGGGGCCUUUGGGAUCAUUUUUAAUGCAGAAUAGAAACAAGCCGUUGCAAAUCAUAGGUUUGCUUGCUGGUGUCAUUGGUCUCAUGGUCGUUGUCACAGUCAUCAUCUCUACUGCAACAUUCAUGCGCAACAAAAAGUCAAAUCGGAUCCUGCCUAACCGCCGUGUCAGGAGAAGACCUCAGAAACCGCACAUGUGGAACUUAAAAAACCCCUUUAAGACAACGGAAACUUCCAGAGAGGGCUUCAGAGCUGCUGAGGAGCAACAGGACCCGGAGAUAAUGAUGGAGAACAUCAACUACAACAACAAUAUCAGUAAUGUUGUGACUGUGAGACACUGGCCCCUACCUCCACCACCCUGUGCACCUUCCCUUCCCCCUCCACCACCUCUCUACGUCCCAGGGGAGCGGCAAUGGACCGUACCAACAGUCUCUGCAACAGUUCAAACCAAACCCAAAAAGAAGCCGUCGACAGAGAGACGGAACACUGUAAACAAAGCCCUGGUGUCAGAGCUGAAGAUGAGACUGGAGCAGAAAAGGAGGGAGGCACAUUAAUAUGUCAGCUUUAUAGUUGGCAAAACAGACUUAGCACGAGGUCCAGUUAGUGGUUGUCAGCACAAGUGUCAGGAAAUGUUAAAAUUGAAAUGACAUUACCAUUAACAGAGACAUUAAACAAAAUUGAAAUUUCAUAUCAUGUCUGUCAAGUUUUCCGGAUUUUUAACAGCUGUAGAUUGUAAAUCUGACAAAAAGCUGAAAAGCAGCCACUAAAAACAUUUUGUGAAGGAAUUGCUGUGUGGAUGUCAAAAUGUGAAAAAAACGAACUCAAUCAUAAGUGUGUAUGUUUGUGUGAGUGUGUGUGCAUGUGCGCCUGUGUGCCUGUGUGUCAGUGAGCCUGAAUGUUUAAAAUACAUCGUUUAAGCAGCAAAAAGCUUAAUUGUUUGUAUAUUAAUAAUAAAGAGUUUCUCACGUACACAAACACAAUCAAUUCUUGCCAUAUGUAUCAUCAUUCAAAAAAAGUUUUAUUUUAGAAGAUAACAUUUUUGUGACAUUGUGUAAUGUUUGAAUUCCACCUCCUGAAUAAUGCGUUCUCUCAUGAGUGACUUCUUCAACCCAGAUCCCUUACUGGGAAUUACGUCAUAGCAAUGUCAACAAGCAAGCAAGUCUGUCUGGAAUACAAUCAAGCUUCUUACAAGAGAUCUCAUGACUCCUGAACUAACUAGGGGGAACUGCCUGAGGGAGGAGAACUUAAUUGAUUACAUCAAGAAGACCUUAAAUCCUCAUGUGCAGGUGUAAAACACUGUUUAGUGCAAUAUCUUGUAGCAGUCACAGUACUUUUUAUGUCAAUUACUGCAUUUGAUUUAUUUAUCAUGUGGCGGUAUACCUGAGUGUGGUUUUGUCAAAACAUUUAUACUGUCAAAACAUCUGUGUGGAUUUUACUA